UUUUUGCUUUGUGAGCUCUGCUUUAAUUUUCAUCAUUGCAGCCACCAGAUCACGUUUUUUACUAGUGCCGAACCAACUACGUGAGAACAAUAAGAUGUCAGGUGAAACAGAAAGUUUAUCUAAUAGAGUAGAUGCGCUUUUUGAAUGUUUGAAUACAGUGCAAGCCCAUAUAAAGCGUGAAGAUUUGAAGAACAAACCUGGAAUGGUAAAAAUUUUUGAGGAGAUGCUUCAGCAAACACUUACAGAAGCGCUAAGUUUGCUGCCACAACUUGAAACCUCGAGGCACAACAUGUAUGAGAGAAAAAUUUUUAUGAACAGUUAUGUAGAUGCAUGCUCUCUGCUGGAAGUUCGUAAGGAGGAAUUGAAGAAAUCUGUAGAGGCGAUCACGCCAUCGACGAGUUCCGUGAAACAGGAUAACGGUGCUAAGUCACCCGGGAAGAACACCAUCAACAAGAUCAACAAGAAGGGAAUGGUAUUCCUUGCCCAGUUUCGCAAUAUUCUAUCGUUCGAAAGCUGCCCACAGCAGACGAAAUCCGAUCGUAUCCUGCGGCUCGUCGAAGAGAUCGAAAAGGCCAUUGACACCGCACGUGUGAUCGCCGGUGAAACUGAUGAAGAGGACAACUCGUUACUAGCCAAUGGAUUUCUAGUAUCGUUAGCAAUGAGCAAGUUGGACGAGGAUACUCGAGCGGAGGUGAUGAAGCACCAGGACCCUAGCAUCAUCCCGACCUGGACGGUUUUUCGUGAGCAGCUGAUGCGUUUGACGAAGGAUAUCAAUCCCCCUGAGUGAGCCACCGAUCGAGUUGCACGAAAUGAAUGCAGUAAUAAUGCAGAAGAACAUCAUGA